AUGCUGGGGAAGAGGAUGGAGGGGAUGGUGUCCGCGGUAUGGGUUCGUUGUCUGUUUACCAGGUCGAGGAUUCCAGACUGGGUAUUUCAGCCACGGCCUGGAGAUCAUGAAAAGUAUGGAGGUGAUCCUGAGAAGCCCCAUAAAAUCCACAUUAUUACUAGAAUAAAAAGUGUAAUUGGUCGCCCAUAUUGGGAAAAGAAGAUAAUACAUGAUCUUGGACUGGAUAAAGCACAUAAGCCAGUACUGCACAAAAAUACCCCUUCUGUGAAUUCCAAACUGAAAGUUGUUAAACAUCUGAUAAGAAUACAGCCACUGAAACUACCUUAUGGGUUGCCAACGGAAGAGGAAAUAGCAGACACCUUUCUUAACAGCCAGGGAGAACUUAUCAUUAAACGACGUUUGAAACCUGUGGAGCAGAAAGAAAUUAUGUCAUAAGAUAUGCUGACUGGCUUUGUAUUUUAUAAAGUAAAUAAUCUAAAUCC